ACUGGAAUUCUCGUCAGUGAUUGGCUGGAUUUGACAUCGUGACCGUCAGCUCGCCCCGCCUCUGAUCUUCAAUCGUCUUGAUGCGAGGUGUGACGGAGAGAUUAAUAACAAUAAUAAUUAAGAUUAAUUAGCAGAAUUCCAGCGAAAUUGGCGAGCUAUAACGGGAGAUUUUCACUUGAUCAUGUCAAAGUCAACAUGGUGAGAAAGAAGAGAAUAAAACCUGAGCAGGAUGCAAAAGAACACAUAUUGUCGGACAAAGACAAAGCCUUCAUCGAGGGACGACAAAUCAACACAUUUAAAGGGAGAGGUGUGUUUGCUCUUGAGCACAUUGAAUUAUCCACCUUUGUUGUUGAAGACCGUGGGAUUCUCUCUCAAAGUAAACAUGUUGAAGAUGUUGAAGGCAACUACUUGUUUGACUUCACAUGGAAUGGAACACGUUAUUGCACAGAUGCUACUAAAGUGGACGGUUCACUUGGGCGACUGCUGAAUGAUGAUCACAGAAAUCCAAAUUGCAAAGUCAAGACAUUAAUUGUUGACGGAAGACCACACCUGUGCCUAUUUAGUAUAAGAGAUAUCUUUCCAGAUGAGGAGGUCACAUACAACUAUGGGGAUUCCUCGUGGCCUUGGCUUUUAAGGGAAUUGUGUGACGAGACAUCAGUGACUGUGACUGAAUGCCGUGUGAAUCCUUCCUCAUCAGUGAACGAGAAAGAAUUGUGUGACGAGACAUCAGUGACUGUGACUGAAUGCCGUGUGAAUCCUUCCUCAUCAGUGAACGAGAAAAAACAAGAAAGCCAUAUACACUGGAAGCCCGUACAAGUUGAUUGA